AUGAGCUUCCUGGAGGGGUGCUACACCAAGGGCGGCUACGACGGCGCGGACAAGGGCCGCGACGAGAGCGAUCGGCCCAAGUUCUGGAUCGAGUUCCGUACCUUUGACGAUGGUAUGCACAAUGCAGACGAAACAUCGGCGUCGCCAUCGGCCUCGUUUCCGCAGUUUACCUCGUUGCCGCCGGAGCUGCGGCUCAAAAUUUGGGAGUACUUGGUGCAGCCGCGUAUCGUUGUCGCGUGCUGCCUGGAGCGAGACGGGCGACUGCCAGAGCGGCGUGCGCAGCUACGCAAACGAACGGCCGGAGAGUGCACAAGCGGCUACAUGGACAAUGGGUGCAGCGGUAUUACCAACGGGAGCUGCAGUCCCGUUCUGCUGCGCAUCAGCCGUGAGGCACGCAGCGUCGGCCUGCGUUUCUACGAGCUUACAUUCAGCUGGCGCAUCUCGAAACUGUUGUCGGACACGCCCGUGUCGCAGCCGGCACGAGUGUGGUUCAACUUUGCGCUGGACGCGCUCUAUCUCACGGGCGAACUCGAGGCGUUUGACGCGUACGGCUUCAACUCGCCCAUGGUGUACUUUCUACGACCCGAGGACACGCGCCGUGUGAGACAUGUCGCGUGUGCCUUUGCUGAGCUUGGCUAUCCGCAGCUGGAGAGCGAUCAGAUAUUCGGGUGCUUGUGGCAUGUUGCGGAUCGGUUUCGGGCGGCAGAGAGGCUGCUGGUGGCGCUGAGUCCGGGCGAGGAGGAAGUGGCGCAUUGCAAGUUUGCGGUCGAGAGGGCAAGCAAGGCGAGCAAGGCGAGCAAGGCCGAAAAGUGCGUCGUGACGCUGACAGACGAAGACAACAUCAUGCAGAAGAUUUGGGAAGGCUGGAUGGGCAGCGUCAGUGGCAGAGGUGCACGAGAUGACCGAACACAGCUGGUGGACACGAAAAUGGUGUUGGUGCGAGAGGAGAGCCUCGCAGAUGUGAUUGCUGGGUUUUAA